GAGAUGGCGGCCCGCCGAUUCGAUUCGAACAUUCGAACGCGAAGCGUCGACUACAAUUUUAAAGAAAACUCCUUUAUUUUCUUUUGAGGAAACAAAGAUGUAUGAUUUACGGGCCCGAUUUGCGCGCCGGCGAUCGCCCGCGUCUCGAAAACGCGCGCUCGAACGUUAUUCAAUCCUCGCGGCGCGGGAAAUUUCCUCCCACGAGCGACGCGGGACGAGUGCGCGAACGUCGCGCACGCGGAUCGCGCGUCCCGCUUUCGGCUUUCCUGACAGCAGCAUAUGUCCAAAAUCGGGACGAUCGAGAUCACUCGAAAUAAAAUGUCUAAGUCUUGUGUCCACAAUGCUAGAAAUCGCUCCGAGAUCUCGGACGGAGAAAGAAUUAACCAAUUGCAUUGGUCAAUUGCCGAACUGUUUAAAUAUAUAAUUGUCAAUUUUUUCUCCGUUUGAGAUCUCGGAGUGAUUUCUAGUACCGUGGACACAAGGCUUUAAAAACAUUAUUAUGACGUCUUUUAGACAUUAUUAAGGCAUCUUUCAAACACCAUAAGACCUUUUAAAGGUAAAAGGAAAAGGAGGUAAAAUGGAAAAAGUGUACGCGUUGUUUGCAGAUCUCAAGGCUGCAUUUGAUAAUGUGGAUAGAGAAAUCCUGUGGAGGAUCAUUAUUACUCGAAAAUUCAACGAGGAAAGGGAAUAAAAGAACAACUGAUAAGAAGAUUGGAAAGGAUUUACGAGGAAAUGGAAGUUAUUGUGGUGAGGACCAGUCAUGGAUAUAUGGAGGAGUUCCAGACAUCAAAAGGAGUAGGCAGGGAUGCGUAAUGAAUCUACUUCUGUUCAAUCUGUAUAUAGCGGAUUUAGCUGAGACGUCCUUAUAUCCCGAUUUUGGACGUGCCGUCUACUUUCCUUUUCACGAUGCGCUCGCCGAUGGUAAGGCCGCGGAGCGUGUUUUCGCUCGCGCUCGUCGGGUCGGCCGUUCGCCCGCUCGACGGAUAAGCGAUCGUCGUCGGCCGAGCGAUCGGCGCAGUGCGCAUGGACCGACCGGACGACUGACGUGGUGGAUCGAGAGUGGACGCGCGGCGGCGGCGACCACGGCCACAUCGCCAUCGGCCCAUACGCGCGAAUAGCUUGCGGAUGUUGAGAUCGUGGAG